AUGGUAUUAACUCCAAGCGGUUCCCCUACUCCAACUUUGUCACCGACUGUUAAAAUUCUAUAUAAUGUGUCGCCUUCAUACAACGUUUCCUAUGGUGAACCAGCCAGUACAUCUUUGGUCAUCUUACUGAUAAUGGAUAAUUCACAAAAAUAUUUUCGAUCCGCUCUAUAUUAUUUUGUGAUAUGGUUAAGUACCGGUACAAUAGGAGGUUUAUUAUCAUUUUGGUGUUGGCAUUUAGGGUUAAUAUUAACAUCAGCGUACGGUGGGUUCGCGUUCAUCAUGACAUUUUUAACAUUAAUUCCAAUCUCAAUCGAUAUCAUACGUUAUUCUUUAAUAUCAUUCUUUAUAUUAUUACCUCCAAUCUUGGUUUAUAAAUAUGAAAGGGAAUCCAUCUACGUCGCCACUUCUGUGGCGGGUUCUUACACCUUCUUUUGUGGUGUAGAUGAAUUUGCUCAUCAAGGUUAUAGAGAGAUGAUUCAAUUCAUUCGUCAUGAGGGAACUUUAAGAUUCAUCCCUACUAUCAUCAUAUAUAUCAUGAUCUUACUUUCCGUAUUAUUGGCUGCUCUCGGUAUUACCUUUGAAUAUAAAUGUCAUGAGAACCCUACUUUUAACGUUUGGUGUGGUGAUAAGCCGUUAGGUGGUGGUGAUGAACUGGUCAUUAAACGAAACAAGAAUUUCUCGUUUGUUGAGUUUAUCAAAUUCUUUGUAAAUAUUAAAUUACGUUUAACUUUACUUUCAAUUAAAAUGAGAUUUGUUAAAGUUAAUUCAAAUAAUGAGAUCUCUACUGGGCAAGCUGUUGAUAGUAGUAAUACACCUGAUUCACGCGUCAUUAUUAAUGUUGAUAAUUCUGUAAUUUAA